AUGGAAAAGAAGAAAAAAAAACAUAAUAUUAAGAAGAAGGAUGUGGCAAAAGAAAAGAAAAAGAAUGACAAAUUAAAUAAUGUGUUGAAGGAAAAGAAACCUGCAAAGGCUCCAACAAUUCUGAGAUGGAUAGAUCUUCUGAGAAGCAUGAAGUUGAAACAGCUAAAAAAGAGUAUAGACGAAGAACUAAACAACUACGAAAUAAAUAAAAACAUCAACGACAAGUUACUUUUAUUUUUAAACGAAGACUUAGAAGAAAAACAAGUUCUAGAAAAAAUAGAGGAACUAAAGAAUAGUAAAAUGUAUACACUAGUAGAGAUGCAUACCCAGAAUAUGAAUAAAUUACAAGAACAUUUUGAAGAGGAUAUAAAAAAAAUGUUUCAAACGUUUGAAGAAGACAGAAAACUAUUGAUACAAAAUAGGGAUAGCAUAGUACAUAAUAUUAAUUUAUUUUAUAGUCGUGUCGAAGAAAGAGAUAAACUAAGAAAAGAAAAUCUUGAAAAAGAUGAGAACCAUACCAUGAAUGAAAUAUAUAAAAAUUAUAUAGCUGAGAAAUAUAUUGCUAAUUAUAAAUAUGAAAAAUAUUAUGAAGAGGAUAAAAAAAUAUUUGAUAAUAUGCUAAUUGAAAAUAAGAAGAUAUUAAAUGAAGAAUAUGAAAAUUAUAACAUAAUUGAAAAGAAAUAUGAGAAAAAUAAAAAAUGUCUUCUAUCAAAAGAAAAGGAAGUUCAUGAGUUGGAAAUAAAAAUCGAUAACUGGAAAAUCAAACUGGAGAAUGAAAUGAAGAUAUACGAUAUACAAACAGAAAGAUUGAAGAAUGAAAAAACCCAGCUGCUUAAUCAUAUAAGGGCUAUUAAGCUUAUACUACAAAAGUUAAAACAUAAUGACAAACAAAGGUUAAUCGACAUAACAACACACUCAAUAAAAUGUAUAAAUAAGCUUGAAGAAAAUAUAGCCCUUGCCAAUAAAUUGAUAAACAUGGAUAACUUAUGCAGAAAGUUUGAAAGUGAAAGGGAAAAACUCAUGGCUUCUAUUAACAUAAGCACUACAAAAAGAGAAGAAGAUGAUCUUAUUCUUGAAAAGAAAAAUGAACAAGCCGUUAAUGAGAUGAAUAAAAAUGUGUACCAAGCUUAUUUGCUUGAACCCUUUUUCAAAAGAAAAAACAAGGCCCUUCUAGAUAUAAUCUUAUUAAAAAAAGAGUUGAAAGAAUUAAAAAAAAAAAAUAAGCAGUACAAUAAAAUCCUGGACGAACUUGAUAAUAAAUUAAGUUUUAAUAAGAAAGUAAAAAUUAAAAAGGAAGAUUUUGUCAUAAGAGCAUCCUAA